CAAAUCGCCAAAAUGGACGCUCGGUUCGUCAGAAUUUGUUUAAAUUUUUGUGUGAAAUAAACGUGUCUAUCACUCACUGUUGAUCAGAUCAGUUUGAAGGUGGACCUGAGCAUGUGGUAACAAGGCUUUUCCGUAUCCCAGAAUAUCUUUAUCUUCAAUAUCUGACAACAUGGAUAUCCUGAAGUACCUGCAGAAACGAGAGGUUGGCCUCUACUAUGGUGCCCCACAGAAACUGGUGGCAGAAAAUUUAGCCCAACAAAUGCCUGGACUUCUCCAUGAAAAGGAAUAUGCAGUUGGCCAGAUUAAUAAAAUUUUUACAUCUGCCUGGGUUUCGGAUCGACAGGUAGUAUUUGGAACUAAGUGUAAUAAGCUGAUCGUGUUGGACCUGCUCUCCCAUCAGAUGGUCCAGAUCCCAUCCCUGAAAAGCAGUGAUGAGAGUGUGCCAGCAGACUGCCCCUGUGGCAUCCACAGCAUUGCUAUCAAUCCUUCAAAGACGCUCCUUGCAACUGGAGCCGAGAAUACGAAUGAUGUGGCAGUGUACAGGCUACCCACGUUUGAUCCUGUGUGUACUGGCGAGGGUGGCCACGGUGAUUGGAUCUUUGACACCAAGUGGCUUGAUGAUGAGUACCUCGUGACUGGUUCACGUGAUGACAAACUUGCCUUGUGGUGUGUGAAAGAUACUGAAGACUGUGAUAUAUCUCGUAUGAAAAGCCUCCAGGUGCCAGAGUAUUCCAUUAAGAAGCCAACUCUAAUCAAAAAGUGUCACCAGGCUGAGAAAGUCCGAGCCUUGGCCUAUAACGACUUUUCAAAUGAAUUGGCUGCCUUAUCACUAAAUGCACAGUUACAUAUAUGGGACACAAGAACAUGGAAACAGGUUGAUUCUCGAAAGUUACCCCAUCCACGAGAAAACGUCUGUAUGGCUUUGAGUAAAGAUAGAAAAUUGUAUGCCGUGGGAUCACAGUCCCAUGUGACGUAUAUUGAUACCAACUCUCAAAAGGUGAUCACAUCAGUACAGUCCAGACAGAGAGGAUGUGGUAUUCGAUCAGUGAGUUUCAACGAGAAUGUAGUAACCAUAGGAACUGGUGCUGGUGCAGUUCUUUUCUACGAUUUAACUGCUGGAAAAUAUUUAGAGUGUAGCUGUGGCCAUGCGUGUAUGCUCAAUGCUGGGAAAGGCUGGCUGUUACAUGAUGAUAACUACCGAGAUUACUUCAUGGACCAGGAAUAUCCGAAUGCAAUCUAUGCUCACUGUUAUGAUGACAGUGGCACAAAACUGUUCACAGCUGGAGGUCCAUUACCCGCUGGACUCUGGGGCAACUACUGCGGGUUAUGGCAGUGAUGGAAUUCAUGGUUAUGCAUGUCUACAGGAAUGUAUCCAUACCAUUCCCUGGUAUCAAGUUAUAUUGUUUCAAGUACAUUGGCAAAAUGUCAGUUGUUGAACUCUGUGUCGUUUGAUACUGUGACUUCACAGAUGAUAUCAAAAUGUAAUUUGAUGUGGUCACAGUUUUGGGAGUAAGACUGUACCUGGCAAUUGCUUAUCACAGCAUUUGUUAGGUAAUGUAACAUAUGGUGUGUCGUCAAAAAGAUGAACAUUUUGUGACUUAUUUAUGCCCUAUCAUUGGCCAGUAUCCACAUAUGGAACCAUCUGAUUGAAGGUUUAUUGGCACUUGACUGUGUCGUACACAUUCUCUCAUGCAGUAUUGUUAAUCAUACUAUGUAUGCUAGUUGCUCUGAAGUUUUAUCUGCCAGGAGUUUUUGCCUGGUUUGUAUUUUCUGAUGAGUCAGUCAAUGUACUUGUAAGUUAGGGUGAGAGACUGUCAGUUUGAUUCAUAGCAAGAUAGGGCCAUGGAGUGGCAUUACUGAAACCAAUUUGCUUUCAUUUUCAAACAUUCAUGCUGACAGUUCUGUUCAGAAUAGGCAAUCAUUAGGCAACCAUUUUCAUAAUUCAACGUUGGGUAUGUAGCUGCAGACUUGCAGUGAUUUCACUAUUCAUCAUAUCACUACCUUGCUCAUGAUAUCACCUCCUUAUUGCUGCAGUCAAGUGAAGUGAUUUUAAGUGAGAAUGAGGUGAUAUUGUGAGACAGCUCGAUCCUAUGAGAGGGAACGUCAAUAUUUUUCUCAGCAUAUGUAAACAAAAGGCAAAAUUGGGGAACAUCAACCUGAAGAAAACUAAAGCUCUGAACAAACAGACAAUUAGCGAUGUAACUCAAUCAAUUAUAGGGUGCUCCACAAAAAAAGGAAAAAACAGCAAGUUGCUGGUAAUUUUUAUUUUUUCUGCAAAUAUUUGUUUUUAGUGCCUCAUUUCUUUCUGCACAUUUUAAUGUAUUCAUUCUAUCAGUCUAUGUUCUAUUCUUGUUCUAUUUCAUAAAAAUGGUUUGAUUUCGUUCGUGAAGUUUUACAAAGUUGUGUUGUUUGAUUUCAGAACAGCGACAGAUUUUCUGGUUAUCUGUAAAAAUGUUUCUGCAAGUAUUGAUUUUAGGGUUGCAAACUUGGCUUCUGAAAGGGUGAAGAUGAGAACAGUUUCUAUAUGUAUGCAAAAUGUUAAUCAGAGCAUUUGGCAUACAUGUACUGUUCAUGAUCAACUUUUAAGAGAAUUCUUUACAUCACAAUGGAAUGUUUUAUUUUGCACACCUCUUCACCUUGCGGAGUCAGGUUUUUCAAAAGGGAUUAUUCAAAAUCGCAGUGUACACUUUUAAAUUUGCUGUUCAUAUAAACGACUUUCAUGUGUGUACCAGUACCGGUACUCGGGAAUCGGGCUUGAAUAGCUUACAGUCUGGUUAAUGAAUGAUCCCGGACCACCCCAAGUGGAGGAUGUGAAUCUAUUUUGGAUGUGACUUGGCUGUCUUUUGCAGGUCCUGUAUAUAUUCCUUUGUUUCCUUCAAAUUUAACCGAAAGCCUUCAUGAGAGGACGAGAUGUGCUGCAUUGUUGUCAGAGAGAUUCAGAUUUUAAUCUGAGAACAGCAUGGCAUUUUGACAAUGGAUAUUGCAUUGCCUGGUGUCAGAAAUGCAUUAAAACAGUCCGUCUUUAAUAUCUGGAAUUCCCAGACCGAAUACAGUCACAACUGAACCAGAGAGAAAAAUCACUUCGUUCUUAUUCUUGAAUGAAGAUCUGAACCUCUCUUAUAUCACUGCUAAUAAGUGUGUUAAUAGGUGUUCUAUUUAUGUUGACGAAGUACAAGGGGGAUCUUAGGUCAUUCUGUAUACAAUUUGUCGGGCCUGAAAUACAAUCCUCUUCUCGGUUGGUUUUAAAUAGUUCUAUGAAUGUUUUAUGGGGAAUGUGAGGAUGCCAGAUGUCAUCACUGGAGCUGUUUACAUUUUGUGUCUUGCAUUUGUAAUCUUGUAAAUAUUGUAAAUGUACCGUCUCAUGUCAAUGAAUAUACCCAUUGUCUAUGUCCAACUGUGCUGGGGGUGGGGAGGGGGGGGGCAUAUAGGAAUGUGCUCAAACCUUGGUACUUCAACAUCCCCAUAUGUGCUCAGACUGUAAUUUUGCCCACAGAUGUAUGUAUUGGUGCAAUGUACAACUAGGCUUGCUCCUCUCACAAAAAGCUGAAGCAACUUGAUGAAAUCCUUGUCAAGAGGCUUUUUCUGCCCCGUACACUUGUACCUACUGUUGGUCCUCGAACUUUGACAGUUUCUUGUCUUAAAAAACUAAGUCUUAUGUGGUUAUCAUAACAAUGCAUAAUAAGAUUCUAUUCAGUCCUAAAAGUCUACACAGUUAUUUACAAUAUUCAGUUGCAAUUUAAUUUUGUCAAUGAGAGUACAAAUGGUAUUGCAUUUUCUUUUUUUCAGGGAUGUACAAGUUAGCUAAGUGCUGAGUGUAUGUUAUGUUAAUAUUAUUAAAGAAUGAGUUGGCUACCAUUUUAAA